UUGACUUUGAAUACAAGUUUUUUAGCAACUGCCAAAACAAGUGCUUGUGUAAAUCAGUUUAAACAAUAAAAAAUAUAGUAAAAUGGAUACACAAGCAAAGCAAAAGUUGCCAAUAGCAAUGGCGUUAAAGCCGGGACAGGCUGUUGGCACUUUGAAAACCCAACACCAGGAGGAAAUCUGCUAUUUGCCUGUGCCUCUUUAUUCCUCUUUGCUCAAGCCUCUUCCAGCAACAACAACAGCAACGAUUACAACCAAUAGUUUAAAUAAUAAUAACAGUUUAAUCAUUAAUAAUAAUGCUGCAACCAUAAAAGCCAAACUGACGUCCAUGAAUAAUAAUCUUCUAAAGAAUCAAUUGAAAAACAAUGCUGCUGCUGCUGCUGUCCCUGCCACGGUUAGCAAUAAAUAUCCCAACUCUUUGCUGUCGCUUAUCAAUAAUCAACCAACAUCAAGCAAAACUAAUGCCAGCAACAAUAACAACAAGAACUCUACUACUACUACUACGCCCAAGGCACAGGCAACAACAACAACAACAACAACAACAACAAAUGGAGCAGCAGUCAACGCAGCGCCUAGUAUGAUGACGCUGCUGAGUUCAGCAGCAGCAGCAGCAGCAGGACCAGCAGCCAAAGUUGCGCCACAGAAAUCGGCCACUACGCCAGUGAGUCCAACUACGAGCUCAUCAGUAUCAUUGAUAGCAAAGUCACGUGCUCCCGUUAUAUUAAGCAGAGCAGCGGUGGAAAAAAUUUGCUUCAAAUUUGGACAGGUACAAGCGCAAGCAAACGCGGGCACGCUUGUACUAAGGAAAGCAAAAAAUCAGCCAAACGGAGGCAAGCCCUUGGUCCUGAAGGCUAAGAUAAGGAAGAAUUCAGCUGGAGACACGCCCACUACGCCCACAACGCCUGCAGCUACAGGUAGCCUACUCAUGCCCACCAACUCGGCAAUUGCUUUGCCGGAUAUUAAGAUUACUCCAUUACCGGCUGCUCCUGCUGCUGCUGCUGCUGUCACUUUAAAUGGAUCGAAGCUGAUGAAGUUAGAUGAUAGCAGCAUGCCUAUGAUUGCCAUGCCGCCGACGAUGACAACAACAACAAUAACAACAACCACCGACCAUACUGAAGCUGCCACAAAUGGUCAACAGGCUUCGCCCAAGUUGCAGCGUUCCAAAUCGCUGGUGGCUCCUGUUCCUGAAAAUGCACCGAGCAAUGCCUCAGAGCGUCGUCAUUCGGUGGCUAUAAUGGCGAAAGAACUGGAUGUGGUUGAGCAGACAAAACCCAUAGAAACCAUAACAAUCGAUGAUGAUGACAGUGAUGAGGAAGAGCAAAAGCAAACAGAAAAGAAGUCGGCCACACCAACGCCAAUUGCAAGCAGAAAGAGUUCUAGCAACAGCAGCAGCGACUUGGAGGUUAUAUUUGUGCCCGUGCCCGAGGCAGAGCAGCCAAAGCCCGCAGUGCAGCCAAAGCCCGCAGAGCAGCCACAAGUACAGCAAGUGCCAGCGGCUGAGCCUCAGACCUCAACCAUGAGCAUUGUCAAGGCUGAGUCGCUGCCACUCUCCAAGGAAGAGUUUGAGAAAUCUUUGCGCUGCGAUGAGCACGUGGACAGCACUUCGCCUCCCAGCAAAACCUCAGCUAAUCUGAAUACAACGCCGCUGUCCAAGCUGCAAGAUCAAAUUGUGGAGCAUUGGGCAGAAAAGAAAGCGCUGAGCAGCUUUAAGAUGAACAUGCAACAAAAUUUCAACAUGUUGCAGUGGCGCGAGCAACAGCCGGGCACGCUACAAAACUCUCGCAUGCGCUUUGAGCUCAAUCGCUUCAAUUUCCUGCAGCUUAACGAACGCUGCGAGCGUCGCACAGGACCCGCUAGUUACUUUGAGCGUGCCCUCUACGAUCGUCCCGGACGCAGACCCAACACUAGUACACAUCCAUUGCUCUAUUUAUGCUCACGCUGUAAAUAUCAUGGACCUGCCUCGGAUUUUCUAGCGCCACAAUAUUGUUCGCUGGCUUGCGUGCGACGCGCACAUAAGCGACGUAAUCCCAGUGCUGCCAGUGGUGGCAGCGCCAGCAAAGUGAUGCGCACCCAGGAAGCCAAAUCAAAGCCAACAGCAACUGUUACUUCAGCUGCGCCUGCCCAGCAGCCACAGCAACAGAAGCCCGAGUCGAAAUCCUCAACAGGCAAGCGCGUGUUUCGCUGGACAGAGUACCUUAACGUCAAGAACAAUGGCUAUGCGGCGCCCAUACAUCUAUUCCUCAAUCCAUUUCCCAUCAGCACCAAUUGCUUUGAGCUUGGCAUGAAAUUGGAGGCCAUAGAUCCCGAGAACUGUUCGCUGUUUUGCGUCUGCACCAUUGUGGAGGUGCGCGGUUAUCGCUUGAAGCUCAGCUUUGAUGGCUACUCCAGCAUGUAUGACUUUUGGGUAAAUGCCGACUCCAUGGACAUCUUUCCGCCAGGCUGGUGUGAGCGCACUUCGCGCCUUUUGCAGCCGCCGAAGGGAAUGCAGCCUGAACGCUUCAGCUGGUGUCGCUACCUGGUGAAGACAAAUGCAAAGGCAGCGCCACGUGCAUUAUUUACGCAUCUCAAUGAUGUAGCACAACCGGAUUUAAAUGGCUUUAGCGUGGGCAUGCAUCUAGAGGCGGAGGACUUGAAUGAUACUGGCAAGAUAUGUGUGGCCACUGUAGCGGAUAAACUGGAUGAGCGCAUUCGCGUGCAUUUCGAUGGCUGGGAUGAUUGCUAUGACUUUUGGGUGCAUGUUAAUUCGCCUUAUAUACAUCAUUGCGGCUGGCAUGAGGGACGCCAGCAACUCAUUGUGCCACCAGACUAUCAGAAUGCGGUAUUCAACUGGUCUUCCUAUAUCAAAGAAAUGGGCGGUCAGGCAGCGCCCGCUGAGCUUUUCGCAGCACGAGAUCCGAUGGAGUUUCAGGCACGCAUGAAACUCGAGGUUGUGGAUCAGCGUAAUCCUUGCCUCAUACGUCCUGCUACGGUGGUUACACGCAAAGGUUAUCGCGUGCAGUUGCAUCUGGAUUGCUGGCCUGCGGAAUAUUACUUUUGGCUGGAGGAUGAUAGUCCCGAUCUGCAUCCCAUUGGUUGGUGUGAGGCCACUUCGCAUGAGUUGGAAACUCCGCCUGGCUUUCAGCAGCGUGGCUCGCCCAUGCCCUGCGAAGUGGAGGGUUGUCGUGGUUUUGGCAAUGCCAAACGCUUCUCCUUUUCCAUGCAUGCGCUGCGCGAAUGCUGCCCAUAUGCGCCCGAGAACUGGCGUCAGUGGCGCGCCAAGACGGUGAAGCCACCGCGUGUGCCACCAGAGCUGAUCAAGCAGGCGCCAAGUCGUCCAACCAAAACUGAGCAGCCUAAGCCAGCACCUAAAGCGGAAAAAACUGAGCCCAAGCCCAAACCGAAACGUGAGCUUGAAGCAGUUGCGCCUGUGACUGCCCCUGCUGCUGCUCCUGCUCCUGCUCCUUCACCUACACCUACAGCUGCACCUAGACCUCGAUCUACACCUGCUCCUACACCUCGACCUACACCUACAGCUACACCAACACCUAUACCUACACCUGAGUCUCUGGAUGACGAGCCUUUUGAGCUCGACCAGCGCUGCCUCUCCAUUGCCAAGAGCAUUGUGUCCGACUAUGGACCACAGUACACGCGCAAUUAUCGCCUCUGGCAGCAGAACACAGACUUUGACAUGGAUCAGUUGAAGAGUAAUCCACUCUACUGGACCAACUGGGAUGUGUAUGAGUUUGUGGAGCGUGCGCUUAAAUCUGUGCGCAUUGCCAAAAUGCUCUUCGAUGAGGACAUCGAUGGACGUGCGUUGCUCUUACUGGGACGUCAAGAUUUGUCCAAACGCCUAAAACUAAAAGUAGGGCCAGUUGUAAAACUCUUUGCGCUUAUAGUUAAUCUGCGCAUUGCGGUGGCCUGUAAAUUUAGCACUAAACAGACGGGAUUUGAGAUAGACAAGGUGCUUCCUGACAUGUCCCAAGGGGAGACCACAAGUGACAAUGAAGCGAGCUUGCUGGAAAAUGAAGAUAACCCAGCUUUUAAUAUAGUUAGUAAUAAUGUAAACUACACCCAGGAAGAGUUAAGCGAUGAAGAGGAUGUUUUAUUGGAUAGUGAAGAUUUUCUGAGUGUUAAGACAAGUAUGGAUGUGGUACCAGCAACAGUUGCUUCCUGAUCCUAGGGGUA